UCUCGUGGUUUCCUUUUUCUUGUCAUCAUCAUCUUGUUGAUCAGACCUGAGUCUUGGUAUAGGCGUCUUGUAUAUUCCGACAGCUACUUUAGCAUCUUCUGAAUUACCCCCACUAUAUAUUUCGUGUUGCAGUAUCAAAGCAAAUCGACGUCAGUAGAAAAAAUAUGACUUCUGCACCAACAAAACAGCCCAACUUCCUGCCUAGUCGGCAUGAGCUGGGUAUCGUUGCAGUCGGUUUCAGCGGCGGUCAGCCCAAAGCCGGCGUCGAUGCCGCCCCCAUGGCUCUCAUCGAAAACGGCCUCAUCAAGCAGCUAGAAGAAGACCUAGAGUACAACGUCACCUACGACGGCCAAGUACACAACUACUCGGAGCUCCAACCAACCGAGGACCCUGACUACCGGGGCAUGAAGCGCCCCAAGUUCGCCAGCGCCGUGACGCGCGAAGUCAGCAACCAAGUGUACAAGCACGCCAAAGACGGCAAGCUCGUCCUCACCCUUGGCGGCGACCACUCCAUCGCCAUCGGCACCAUUUCCGGUACCGCAAAGGCUGUCCGCGAGCGCCUCGGCAGGGAAAUCGCAGUCAUCUGGGUUGAUGCGCAUGCCGAUAUCAAUACGCCUGAGACGUCUGACAGCGGCAAUAUUCACGGCAUGCCUGUCUCUUUCCUCACGGGCCUUGCGACUGAGGACCGCGAAGAUGUCUUUGGAUGGAUCAAGGAGGAGCACCGACUGAGCUUGAAGAAGCUUGUGUAUAUCGGUCUGAGGGAUAUUGAUAGGGGAGAGAAGAAGAUUCUGAGGGAGCAUGGUAUCAAGGCGUUUUCUAUGCAUGAUAUUGACAGGCACGGUAUCGGCAAGGUUAUGGAUAUGGCGCUGGGCUGGAUCGGAAACGACACACCGAUCCAUCUCUCCUUUGACGUCGACGCCCUCGACCCCAUGUGGGCGCCCAGCACUGGCACCCCUGUCCGUGGCGGUCUCACGCUGCGAGAAGGCGAUUUCAUUGCUGAGUGCGUUGCUGAGACGGGCUCGCUGAUUGCUCUUGACCUUGUCGAGGUCAACCCUAGCCUUGAUGCUGAGGGUGCGGGCGAUACAGUGCGUGCCGGUGUGUCUAUUGUGAGGUGUGCGCUUGGUGAUACCCUAUUGUGAGCUAUCAUGCGUGAGAGGCACGGUGAUUAUGAGGUCAUAUACGAUGGCGUUUUGGCGUCAUUUUCUUUUGACGGAAUUUCGGUAUAGAAGGU